AACUCUUAUUUUGGAGGGGGAAAACGACAUAGCGGAAGUAUACAGUAAUGACGUUACAACCCGGAAGAAUUGCCCUCUUCUGAUUAACGUUUGAAUAAACAAGAAUGGCCAAUUUGUUUUAGGAAAACAUUGCAAGCGAUGUGGCUAAAAAAUAUAGUAUAUUUAAACUAAGAAAUAUAUGUCUUGUUUAGAGGGGUAAGGCGUGGAAAUGAUCGAACGUGUGUAGCAACGCCCUAAUGUCAGCCACCUUGUUGGAGAAAAAGAGCCCCGUUGUGUUUACAAAUCGGUAAGAAUUAUUGUUACCCUGCAGUGUGGUUUUUUUGGACAAAGAAAAUAUGGCGGAAUUGUACGUUGUGGAGCAGAUUGGUACUAGCACUAUAGAACAAACCGAGCACCGUGAUGUCCGAGGCUCUGUUCGGCUGGCUUCGCCCACUCUCAUGGUUCCGCCGCGGAGUAGCUUGCCCAUCAGUCCCGGGGUAUCGAGUACUAGUAGAGUAGUGUUUGGGUUCCCAAUGAAGAACAACCCCAGUUCCCCGUCAGAGCCAGCAGAGAAACCAGGAUCCCGCUGGGUUCGCCUCAAUGUUGGUGGAACCUACUUUGUCACAACCAAACAGACAUUGUGCAGGGACCCCAAAUCGUUCCUGUACCGAUUGUGUCAAGAAGAUCCGGAUUUGGACUCUGAUAAGGUAACAUAAUCUACCAUAAUUGGUGGCAUAACGUUCUAUCAUUAAUCAAGGUGCAUCAAUGUAGCAUUCAUAAUGCACUGCCACUGUGAUGAUCAUGCAUAAGAUUACACCCAAACACUUUCAAAUGCCUAGCUAAAAUUGUAUAACAUUUUAACACUCAAAGUCUACUGCUCAGCCAGUUGACAGUAAUGCAUGAUUUUAUCUGCAUGUGAAGAAGCACCAGAGAAACAUUUCUGACACUAAAAUGGCAGACAUGCGAUUAGCCUUUUUUUUUCACACUUUAAAAAAUCUCUUAGGAUGAGAUAGGAGCUUACCUGAUUGACAGGGAUCCCACAUACUUUGGCCCCAUUCUGAAUUACCUGCGGCAUGGGAAACUGAUCAUGGACAAGAACCUAGCAGAAGAAGGUAAGACUGUCCAAAUAAUAGUUCCCGAAAUUGUAAAAUACAAUCCCUAUCACACACCAUGCUUUUAUUUAGAAGCAAUGGGAUUCUGCAGAUGUGUGAUACAGGCCCUUUCCUUAUUAGUAUCAUGUGACUAAACUAUUGGUUGGCUCUCUCAGGUGUCCUUGAGGAGGCGGAGUUCUACAAUAUUGCGUCACUGGUGAGGCUGGUAAAGGAGAGGAUACGGGACAACGAGAACAGGACAUCUCAGGUAUGCCAGGGAAAUGCAGACAGGAUGAAUGGAAAAGGCCUUAGACUGGGAUGGAUGAUGGCAUUGAUGCUGUGAAAUAACACAUGCUAAACCAAACACUAACAUUUCAGAGGAUGAAUGUGUUUACAAGUCUGUGUUUGUGUGUAUACUGGCACACACACCACUCACUGUUCAAAAGCAAAACACCUAUCCGCUAAUUAACCCUAAUGUUCUCUGGUAAACACACGUCACUGUGUGUGUGGGUAUAUGUGGAAACUGGCUUUUAUUGUAGUAUCUGUUUUUCUCUCAGGGCCCAGUGAAGCAUGUGUACCGGGUGCUGCAGUGCCAGGAGGAGGAGCUCACCCAGAUGGUGUCCACCAUGUCAGACGGCUGGAAGUUUGAACAGGUGGGCCUAGUAGUCCUCAUGUCACACUUGUCUUUAAAUCCAUAGGUCAUUGGUGGUAAACCUGGUAAUGUCCCUACCUUUUUCCAGUGCCUUAAAAUGUUCUUGUGAAAUCUCAAAAUAUGCCUCAAAUUUCAUGUGAAGUUGACUUUUAAGCUAAUUUACAAUCCCGCUCACCCUUUCCCAUCUCCCCUCACAGCUCAUAAGCAUUGGCUCGUCCUAUAACUAUGGCAACGAGGACCAGGCUGAAUUCCUGUGUGUGGUUUCCCGGGAGCUCAACAACUCCACUAACGGCAUUGUCAUCGAGCCCACUGAGAAGGCCAAG